AUGCAGCUACCCCCAAAGAUUAAGGUACCUGAAUUCCAGAGGUACUACGGCACGACCGACCCUCGUCACCAUCUCCGUCACUACCGGGAAAAAAUGCUGCAGUACUGGGACUACGAAGAGUUUGUCAUCCAUACGUUCCAGGAUAGUUUGGCAGGAGCGGCUCUGGAUUGGUACAUGUCAUUGAAAGCUGCAGAUAUCCCCACGUGGGCAGACCUCUCAAGCAAAUUCAUCGACCAGUACAGGUACUGUACGGAGACGCCCCCGACUCUGCUGGAACUCAGCAUGAUGGAGAUGACCGAGGACCAGGGCUUCGAGGCCUAUGCAGUGAAGUGGCGAGCUAGAGCGGCGAAGCACGUCCCUCCGAUCAGUGAGGCACAGCAGAUCCAAUUAUUCCACUCCACUCUUAAAGGGGCCUACUACUUGCACUUGUUGGCCCACACGUCUUCAUGCUCCAACAUUAUCGACGCCGGAAAGAAGCUCGACAUCGGCAUUAAGCUCGGCAAGAUAGAAGGUCCGGUCGAGAAAAAGGAGGGAGAGUCCUCGAAGAGGGCCGCCACUGGGACAACGGGAAACAGGAGAGGGAAAGACACAUCCGUCAACGCUCAAGCUUACUAUUCCGCUCCGCCGGCUUCCUUUCCGUCGUCGGUCCCGCAGCAAUACGCCCAUAAUUAUGCCCCUGCUCCUCCUCCGAUUCAACAAAGUAGGCCCCCGGCUUCGAGAACUCCUCAGCCGGUGCAACGGGCUCCUGCUCCGCAAGAUCAACAGGGCAUCGCAACACAAACGCGGCGUAAACAGUUCUCACCUCUGCCGGCUCCGCUCUCCCACAUAUACCGGCAACUCCUCGCGGGUAACAAGAUCCGAUCAAUAGCACCUAACCCUGAUUUCGACCCAACCAUCCAAGAUCAGAGUCGGCGCUGUGAGUACCAUCAAGGCGCACCCGGUCACACCACUGACAAUUGUUGGAAACUACGGGAGAGGAUCCAACAGUUGAUUGAUGACAAGCAACUCACGUUCAACGCCGUCAAACCCCCGAACGUGCAAUCAAAUCCUCUUCCCGAUCACGGGUCGAGCCCGGGACCCAGCAUUAACAUGAUCGGUGUUUGCGCUAUAGGGGAGUACGAGACCGGACAGGAGGCACCGGCCCCAUUUGUGAUCGAAUAUGUUCCUGCAGAAGCUGGUGUAGGGUACGCAGGGUUCGGUGCCACGCCCGCCCCAUUCGUGAUAGAAGUCCCCGCACGAGAGCCAUAUCAAGACAGCAAGGUCCCGUGGACCUACGAGGGAAGUGUUGGGAACCUCGAGAGCCAAUUUAGCGUCAUGGGCGUGACGCGCUCGGGUCGAGUCUAUGAAAAUCCGAAGGCUGCAAACAAAGGGAAAGCCCUGACAGUGCCCGGAGUCGCCCCGGAAGCUUCGUCUAUUCCCUAG